UUGCAUUCGGGAACAGCCUGUCAAACAUCAAUAUUUCUUCCGCCAAUGACAAGACUCCAUUCCAUGUUUGAAGCUUUGUUCCGCCAUCUACUGGUGAUUUUACUGAUUUUAGAUUCUCAUUGUUCAGGGGUGAAUUGUGUGGUGUGUAUAGGUUGUUGGUAUAAUAUUACGAAUUACGAUAUCCUUCUUAUAUUUCUUGGACAAUAACUCCAAUUUCUAGCUUCUGUAUUAUUGGGUAGUGUGGCUAACCAAUACUCUUUUGGUUUUGAAUAAUAAUGGCUCUAUUUGGAAAACGAAGUUUUAUAGGUUAUGGCAGCUAGCAGCUAGUUUACAGGGUAUUCUACCGCAUCGCAUAUAGAUACUAGAUACAAGGAAUUCCGCCAGAUAUCACGCUGUAAGCGGAUUCUCAUUCAUUGCGCCGUACGCUGUAUGUCAUUGAAAAUUAGCUUGAAUAACAUUUUAUUGUGUUUAACAAAUGGAUUCAAGAACUUCUAAUACUCUUUUGUGAAAUAUCAUAAGUUCUAGUUCAUCAGUAUGUCAGAGUCAGAACAAGUAGCUCCAGAUAUGCUGAGGACUAGUGAAGCAGUACAGGAGCUGCAAUCAGUUCCAGAAGCACCACCUGAAUCUGAUGUUGAAGAAGGUUUGCUCCAAGAAAACACAGAUUCUGAAAUGACUGAUAUUCUGACAAAGCUUCCUUCAGAAGCUAUUCAAUCAACAGAAACAGAAAACCUUAAAGAUCAAAGUGACUUAGACAAAACAGCUGAAGAUGACAGUUCUGAGCUAACAAACUCUAGGAAGUCUAGAGAGUUGAAGUCAUUGUUGGCUCUAUCUAAAGAGGCCAAGCUAGACACAAACCUCUCACGUAAGCGUAAGACUCUAGAAGGUCUGAAAUUAAAGGAAUCCACUAAAAGCCCUGCUCAGCCUGAUUCUGAAGUGAAAAAACCAGUCAAGGUGACACUUGGGAACAACUUCAAGUUUCCAGUAACUGCAGAGGCUGAACUGGAACAGGACAGCCAAGAAAUUACUAAUAAGGCAUCAAGUGAUAAUUCAAUCAAUUACAGCAAAUUGAAGAGGAAGAGAGAUAGUUUGGGUGAGGCCAUUGUAGGUGGCGCCACUGAGGAUGCUCAUAGAAAGAACAGGAAGAGAUCAGCUAGUGAAUUAAAAAUGUUUAAGUGGAAUAAAGAUAUAUUUUGUUGGCGAUGCCAUAGAGAAGGAGUCAAUGUAGUUUGUGAGACUUGUCCAAGAUCAUAUCAUCAAAGAUGUUUGAAACAAACUAUAUCUGAUGUAGAACACUGGCCAUGUCCAGAAUGUGUGGCUAUAUUGAAAGCUGAAAGCACACACACAAGGUCUGAAGCAAUGAAAGGGAUGUCAUUAGAACAUUUGUGCAGCUUGCUCAAGUUUGCACUAUCUAGAAUGAUGAUUUGUCAAGGGAGUGAACCAUUUUUACAUCCUGUGAAUGAUGCUGAAUUUCCUGAAUACCAGAAGUAUAUCAUACAACCCAUGGAUUUAACCAAACUAAAAAAUAAUAUUAAGGGAAAUUAUUAUGGAAGUACACAAGCUUUUGAGGCUGAUGCUAAGUGGAUAUUACACAAUAGCAUUAUAUUCAAUUCAUAUCAGUCAAAAUUGACUUACUCUGCCAAAAACAUAAUAAAAAUUUGCAAACAAGAAAUGGCUGAAAUUGAAAACUGCCCCAGUUGUUAUUUGAAUGCAAAUACGAAAAAGAACACAUGGUUUGUAGAGGUAUGUCCUAGGCCACAUUUACUUGUUUGGGCUAAACUUAAAGGUUUUCCCUAUUGGCCGGCAAAAGCUAUGAGCUGUACAAGUUCGGGAAUGGUCGAUGUAAGAUUUUUCGGGGCCCACGAUAGAGCUUGGGUCCAUUACAAGGAGUGUUUCUUGUAUUCAGAGAAAGAUCCGAACACUUUCAAGCAGAAACGAUAUGAUAUUGAAAAGUGUGUUGAGGAACUGAACAUAUACAUCAACAACCUGAGAAAGGUGUACGGCGAAUUCAGGCAUGCGUCCUAUCGCACCCCCUUGGACCCCGACAACAUGGGGAAGCAAAUGCUGAUCUCCAUACCGAAGUACAAGUCGAUGGGCAAGCGUCGCAAGAGCCUCAAGCCGGCGCUCGACGAGAUAAAAACGGAGCCGAAGCCCGAAGAAAACGAGCCCCAAGAGGAGAAAACGCAGCAGCAAAGUCCCCAAGAAAGCGAAACGGCAGUCGGCGUGGAGCAUGCGGGCGAGACGGAGAAAAAUUGUCAGCCCCAGCCCGAGGAAACCAAAACGGACUACCCGAUAUCGGAGCCCUAUUCCAAUCGCACCACCCCCGUACACGAUUUGGACACUACCAUGGAGGGUUAUGGUACUGAUGACGAUUCGGUGGCCGAGAUCGAUUUGGAGAGGCGCAAGGCUUUUGUGGAGAAGGGCAAGAUGGAGGAGGAGGACGAAGAUGACAACGACACGCAGGUGCCGAGCAACAUUUCCUUGGACGGUAAUGCCUCGAAGAGCGGAUUCAAAAGAGCCGGUUCUGGUGGUGGUACCCCUGGUGGUAAAACCAAAAUAACGCAAAGAAGAAAAUCAGAAGUAGAAAACACACAGAAACGCGUAUCCUCUGAAGAAAUAUUCCCAAGCCAACGAAAAACCUCCAGAAGAAACAGCGAUAUGAGCGUCAAAAGCGACUCUAGUCGCAUGUCUAACAUCUCCGAUAAAAUAAACCGCGUCGACAUAUCCGAAAAUAUGGAAAUCAGCCUUGGAAACGAAGACAUUUCGAUUUCCGAUAACGUGUCGCCCCCUAACGGCGAAACUUCGAAGUCCUCCAGCGAGUGCAGCUUCGAACACAAGAGGAAGCCCGUUCAAGUGGACAUCGACAAUGCCGAGUUCACUAUAUCGCCUUCUAACAAGCUCAAAAUAUCCGAUCAACUCAUGAAACGACUGUCCGAUGCCAAAGAAAAGGCCGAGGAGGUGAAGAAGUCUGUGUUCGAGGUUAAAUCUCCCACUGAUACGCUCAUUGAAAAACUCCAAGUUGGAUUUCAACAGCAAGAAGUCGAAUCUAGCGAACCUUCUACAAGUGAUGGUACCACCAAUCAAGAAGAACAUACCAUUUCAGACUACCAUGAAGCUGAUGCAGACGAACUAGAAACCAAUGGAGAGAUUGUCCCACCAAAGAAAAUGAGGGAAAGUGAACAAGUCAUUGAUACAACCAAGGAAUUUUCCGAUAUUCUGCCAGAAAAACAAGUUAUGGAAAGUGCAGGAGAGAUUGUUCCAGUAGAAGAAGUUAUGGAAAGUGAAGAAGAUAUUGUCCCACAUAAAGAAGCUGUUGGAAAAGAAUCUGAAGAGGAAGUUAUGGAAAACGAAGCUUCUAUGCUAGAGAUGGAAGAAAGUUCAAGAGAAAGUGGUGACAUGAAACAACAAUCCAGAGGGCAAACGCCUGAUUUGCUUUCAAAAAAAUUGAUCCAGCCUGCCAUAACCGAUUUCACCAUGAGCAUUUUCAAACCUACUGCACAGAAACAUGCGGAUACAAACUUAAAAAUGCGUACAGAACUGGUUAAUAUUGUAGAAUCUAUUGUAGAAGAGGAUGUGGAAGAAGAAAGAGAAAAAAAGUCAAUGGAUAGCAUUCAGUUGGACAAGAAAAACAUAUUCAACAUCAUCCACUCAUCGUUGAAUGAAGGCAAAAACAAAACUGAUCGUGAUAGCACAAAUAAGCAAGAACAUGAAAAAUUAGAAACUAAAAUAACUGAGACUCAUUCCACAAAAAACCACCUCGAAGUUGAAACGCCCAAACAGGCUGCAUUGAAUAGUGAAACUGCUGUAAAGUCACAAGACCCACCCAAAUCUGAUUCCAUUGAUAUGAAAAUCGAUAGUAAACCAGCUCCAAGUAAAAGCAAGAGCCCUAUGAAAUCUCCAGAAGCUGAGAAUGAAAUUUUAGAAACUGAUGAUGAACCAGUUGUAGCUGAAAGAAAAAUCUCUAUAAAAUCACCAAAAUCUGACUUGAAAACUUUGGACACUGAUGAUAAAACAGCAAAAAGCGAAGGUGCAAUAAAAUCUAAAGACUCACCAAAAUCUGACUCAAAACAUUUCAACACCAAUAAUAAACCGGCAGCGACAAGCGAUGGCGUUAUAAAAUCUCCAAAAUCUGACUCUAAAGCUUUGGAAACUGAGGAUAAACCUGCUACUAGUGAACACCUUUCAAAGUCCAAGGACUCAUCAAAAGUCUACUCUAGAUCUUUGAAACCACAUGAUAAAACGGUCGCAACUAGAAGCGAAAGCUCUAAGAAAUCCAAAGAACCGUCAAAAUCGAACCCGAAAUCUCUAACAACUGACGAUAAAACAUCUGCAGCUAAACGGGAGUGUAUAAUAAAAUCAAAAGAUUUACCAAAGCCCAGCCCUAAAUCUUUGACAACCGACGUUAAACCAGCUGCAGAUAGAAGCGAAAGCGCAACAAAAUCGAAAGACCCACCAAAGUCCAAUUCGAAGCUUUUGUCAACUGAUGAUAAACCGGUUGCAUCUAAAAUAGUAAUCGCUAUGAAAUCCAGAGACCCACCAAAGCCCAACCUGAGAUCUUCAACAACCGAAGAAAAAAUGACUGUAGUUGACAGCGAAAUCGUUCAAAAAUCGAGAGAACCAACAAAGACUUCGAAAUCUUUGACAUCCGAAAAUAGAACGACUGCAGCUUCAAACGAUAGCGCAACGCCAUCAAAAGAUCCACCAAAGUCUGACUCGACAUUUUUGAUAACCAACGAUAGAACGGCUACAGCUAAAAGUGAAAGUACUAUUAAAUCGAAAGAUAACUAUAAAACGGCUACAGCUAAAAGUGAAAGUACUAUAAAAUCGAAAGAUACGCCAAAAUCUAACUCGAAACUUUUGUUAACCGUCGAUAAAACGGCUGCUGCCAAAAGCGAAAGCAUUUUGAAAUCAAAGGACCCGCCAAAGUCUCACUCGAGGCAUUCAAUAACCGACGAUGAACCCGAUACAGCUAAAAGCGAAACAAAUAUAAAAUCAAAGUCGAGCUCAAACUCUUCGACAACCGACGAUAAAACGGCUGAAGCGGUAGCUAAAAGCGAAAAGGCUAUAAAAUCGAAACACCCAUCCAAGUCAGAGUCGAAACUGAGUAUCAAGAUCAAACCAACGCCUUCUAGCCAGACACGUCAAAAGCGGCCCAGUAGCGAUGAGCCCACAUCUCCUCCAUCCAAGAUCCUCAAACUCGUCCCCAUUGACAGCAUAAUCAACCAAAAGGAAGCUGAAGCGCCCGUCUUGUCCAAAAACGCUCCUCUGAUUGACAACACCACGGCCAUGGAAAUAGUAGUCGAGCCGGUGAAAAGUGAACCUGAUAGCGACGAUGAUUUCAGCGAAAACGAGAACCUAGAAGCCAAGCGACAGUACCUCUCUGCGCUCAACAUAUCAGAAAAAACCGACACUUCGGACGCUAAUAAGGCCCCCGAGAUACGGACCAGAGCGAAGGCCGAAGAGCGACGCGAGAAGUACCGCAAAGUGGACAACCUGACCAAGGUGAUCGACGAUGUGGCCUUGAAUUACACCCCGGAGGGUAAGGGCCACAAGACGCCACCCAAGAAGCUCGAGAGGAGGAAGAGCUUAGGAGGGUCGAUACCCCCCGAGGGGGAGAUUUACGUGAAGUCCUUCGCUAAACUGCAAAGCGGCGGCAAGCAGAGGGCUAGGAAAACUUUCCCUACGCCUUCGUAUGUCAAACCUCCCGUUAAGAUUGUCCUGGCGUCUAAGAAGGAAGCUGCUCCCUCGAGCGUUGCAGCCAAGAAGGACAACUCUACUCCGAUAGUGAUAACCAAGAAGGAUGUUGCCAGUUUUCCGGUGGUGAAGAAACCUGUAGCGGCGGUGUCUGCGGCGCAGUCGCCUGGUUUGAUACCUGUCAGCAAGCCUCACAUCACCACCCUCAGCAACUCUACGUCAAUUGCUUCUACGGCUAGUACGAAAAACGCCCAACUGUCUCUUCCAGAUACCUCGAAUGCGGUCUGUAAUAGCGACGGUGGUGUUCUGUCGCCUGUUGCCAACUUGGUGCAGGCACAAAAGCCUAUGGAGGCUAACGUGAGCCAUAUGACUAACGUAAACCCUAUGGCAAAUGUGAACAAUAUGGCUAGUUUGAACAACCUGGCUAACGUGAACAACCUGACUAAUGUGAACAAUAUGGCUACCGUGAACAGUAUGAAUAACGUGAGCAAUAUGACGCAUGUUAUCUUGAUGCCGACACCGACCAUCAACUAUUGCACGCCUUUGGCGAAUCCGUUUAUGAAUACGCAAGUCGCCAUGGCGCUGCCCACUGCGCCUGCCCUACCGCCCGCCCCGCCUACCGCCCCCAACACUCGCACCUCCCAGAACUACGUGCCGCAGGGCGACACUCUCACUGUCGACAGCUCGCCCGACCGCCUGCCCUCGCCUAACGCCACCGGCCACCUGUUGAGCGAGCUGCUCACGCAGGCGCAGCCGGAACCCACCGACAACGUCACGAGUAACGGCGGCUGCGCAGAUGCGGUCUGCGCCGAUGCGCGCGAACCGGCGCAGGAGGACGAGUUCGCUGUGCUGAACACGAUCGUGCCCGACAGCGUCAGUAGGGCGGUCAGCGACCUGUUGUUGAGGCCGCCGCCCAGGCUGAGGCCGCGGCCGCCCGGUAUGUUGAGCACCACGUUCGAGGAGGGCAUACCGAGCACGGCGGGCGAUGUGACGGCGAAGAUCAAUUCGAUUGCUCACAGGAUGACCGACUAUUUCCGCGGCAUGCUGAUCGAAACGAUGGCGGAUCUGGGCAGGGCUGCCAAUCCCGAGGCGAGGAUCAUCAAUCUGCAGGUGGAGAUCGAGUCGCUGAAGCACAAGCACAACCUCGAGCUGUCCGAGAUGCGGCAGAACGUCUGCACGAUACUGAAGGACGUGCAGAGGAGCAUCGUGGAAGACAGGGAGAGGGUCAAGGACGAGGCGAGAGCCAGCUGCGAGGCGGAGGCCAUCAAGCGAAUCGAGUCGGCCAAGUCCAAACAAUGGUGCGCCAACUGUUCGAAGGAGGCGCAGUUCUACUGCUGCUGGAACACCAGCUACUGCGACUACCCGUGCCAGCAGAAGCACUGGGCGCAGCACAUGGGCAAGUGCACGCAGAACAUCGAGAAGACGAGCUCGGCCGCCCCUAGCAUGAGCCGCCCGGCCGGUCAGCCGAUCAUCUUGCGGCCCGCGGCACCGCCCAAGCCGGGAGUGGGGAGGAUCGUGGCCAAACCGACCAAGGUUUACUUGAAUAGGGCAUCAUCGCCACAAAAAGUUUUCAAGACGGUCGCCUCGUCGGGCAACCACAUCACCGUCAUCGAAACCACCCCGGGCAACUACGAGCUGGUGGGCAACGGCCCCAUCGCCCACCCCGGCACCAAGUUCUACUCGAUGGGCUCGAACGUCUUCACCAAACUGAAGACGACCACAGCGACGGCCCCCUCGGUCGCGUGCCCAUCGGCGGCGCAGGCGGGGGGGCCGCGCAUCAGCGCCGCGGAGACCUCUAGGGCGCCGGCGCAUGCUAGGGCUGCGUACGCCAUGCCGGUGACCACGGUGCUCGAGGAGGAUUGAGGGUCGAGAGGGGUGAUUCGGUUGGUGUAGUUUGUGUGAGGGAUACUUAGCUGUGUGCACGUGUAUACAGUGUGUCCCACUUACCAUGCUCACCAUGGGUAUCUUUUUAACGGUGAGAGAUACGAGGUCGGUUAAAUGACACCAAAUGUGGAGUUUGU